CCUGUGACUGCUGAAGAAACAUGGACAUAUCUCCAUCCGGUCUCCAGUAUGGCUCCAAAAAGAGGGUGAAGAUCCAUCCGAACACGGUGACAGUGAAAUAUGCCACCCACUUUCCCCAGCCAGGUGAUGAAGGGUAUGAUGACGCACCCUCUUUUGAGGAAUUUGGUGCGUUUGCGGAGGCAAACACGGGAAAGCGCCUCGUGUCAGAUAACAAGGGCGGCAGGACUUUCUUCGGUACCAUGGACACUCAGCCCAAGCAGCCAGGGGUACAGAAGGACAAGGGGGUGGGAGGCCAGUUGGCCAGCUUUGGUGAAGCCAAUGUACUGGCCUCCAGGGUGACCUGGAUGGCCUUGUUUGGGGCAGCGGUGGCCCACGGUUGUGUAGCGCUGAUCACCCGUCUGGCAGCUGACCGCUCGAAAGUGCCCUCCCUGGAACUGCUCUUCAUCCGCUCCGUGAUACAAGUGUUGUCCAUCCUGGUGGUCUUGUACUAUCACGAGGCCCCCUUUGGACCCAAGGGCUACCGGCUGCGGCUCUUCUUCUAUGGUGUGUGCAAUGUAAUCUCGAUCACCUGCGCCUACACCUCUUUUGCCAUUGUGCCACCCAGUAACGGAACCAUCAUGUGGCGCGCCUCUACCACGGUCUUUAGCGCUGUGCUGGCCUUCCUGCUUUUGGAUGAGAGGCUCGGCUACACAGAUGUGGUCACAGUGGUGGGCAGCGUGUUUGGCCUGUGCCUGGUAAUGGUCCCCAACGUAGCAGAUGAGGAGAAGUCGAGGCUGGGAUUCUGGAAGGAGGCCUUUGGCUACACGAUGACGGUGAUGGCUGGUCUGACCGCUGCCCUCUCCAUGAUUGUCUACCGGGCCAUCAAGGAGCGUGUCAGCAUGUGGACGGCACUUUUCACCUUCGGCUGGACUGGCACUGUGUGGGGGGCGUCCACCAUGUUCAUCAUGCAGGAGCCCAUCAUUCCUCUGGACGGGGAGACCUGGGGCUACCUGAUAGGGAUCUGUAUCUGCUCCACCGUGGCAUUCCUAGGGGUCUACUAUGCUCUAAACAAGUUCCACCCAGCCUUAGUUAGCACCGUGCAGCACCUUGAGAUCGUGGUGGCCAUGUUUCUCCAGCUCAUCGUUCUGAGGAUGAUCCCGUCCGUCUACGACGUCAUCGGAGGCCUGGUCAUCAUGGUCAGUGUGUUUACCCUGACAGGAGUCAAGCUUUACAGGGUGAGCAGGGCCAUUCGACAGGAUUACCAAGAGAUCCUGGACUCACCCAUCAAAUGAGGAAUGGCCGUGUCAGUCUGUUUGUUUACAAUGUUGCCUGGUUCAUGUGCAAUCUUAAGAAUGUCUGGA